AUGAAUGAAUCCAUAUCCGGUAGCAAGAUUAUCGGCUACGUGAUCGGGUUUAUGCAUAUAGAGUAUAUAUCGCCGAUAUAUUUGGUGAUUCAGCUGGACCGUCCGGCGCGCCAAGUCGCCGCUCAUAACGUCAUCGCCACUUGGGACAGCGGCGGCAGAAAGAGAAAGAGAGAGAGGUGGCCUGCAGCAGAGGCGUCACCACAGGAGCAGUGUGUACACACUCUUCUUGGAGCGGCGCCCGUGCGUCUGAAUAUGAAAACCAAAUCGGAAUCCGCUUCCUAUCUCCUCUGCUUCUUGAAUCCAGAUGGUAUAGCACUUGAGAGCCGGCAUGGAUAUUAACUAAUUGUUGGCCACGAAACCAUGGGGAGGAGGGAAUGCGCUCGACACGCCACUUAACACAUUUGCCUUCUUGAAAAAAGUACUUCCUUUUCGAAUUUUAUUUUAUGGUUGCAAUUUGAUGCCCGCAAGUAAACCAUAGUUUUUGUUUUUUUCUUUACAAUAUAAUAAUUUUUUUUAUUCCGUUUUAUUUUGAAUUAAAGAUUUCCUAUUUCCCUCCUAUUUUCUUGAAUUUGUAAAUAGGAUUCAAA